AUGCCUGAUCGUCUUUUUGGCAAGACUGCCUUGAUCACUGGCUCUUCGUCCGGCCUUGGUCGUGCUAUAGCAACCGCAUAUGCCGCGGAAGGCGCAAAAAUCUGCUGCUUAGACCUCUAUCCUACGCCUCGCAACGACCCCAAAACCGGCAAAGCGACCAGUUUCCAUGAGCGGGAUGCUUCUGCUGGCCAACCCACGGACGAAUUUUUGCGUCAGACGUAUCCCGAUUGCAAGGCCAUCUUCGUGAAGGCCGACAUCACCAAGCCUGAAGAUGUAGAGAAUGCGGUGGCGGCGUGCGUUGGGCAGUUUGGGCGAGUGGAUAUCAUGGUGAACAACGCGGGGAUCAGCGUGGAGGGUACCCAUUCUCGGGUACUGAGAUGCCACGAGACUUCGGAGGAUGACUACGAUAAAACAAUGGCAAUCAACGUCAAGGGCGUCUUUCUCGGGUGUAAGUAUGCUUUGGCACAGAUGCUGACCCAGGAGCCGCUGGAGACAUCCAACGGUGACAAGGGUUGGAUUGUCAACACUGCGAGUAUAUUAGGAAUAGUGGCAUUCCAUGGAACGCCGGCGUAUGCCGCUUCGAAAGGCGCCGUGGUCCAGCUGACAAAACAGAUUGCUCUUGAUUAUGCAAAAGAGCGCAUCCACUGCAACUGCAUCUGCCCAGGCUUCCUCACAACCGCCAUGACGGCCAACCACCAAAAUGACCCUGAAGCGCGCGCCAAGCGUGACGCUAUGCAUCCCUUUGGCGGCAUGGGUGAUCCAGAUGAUGCGGCAAGGGCGGCGCUCGUCUUGGCGAGUGAUGAUGCGAGAUGGAUCACUGGGCAUUCUCUAGUUGUGGAUGGCGGAUAUACGACGCACUAA